UGGGCUCUAAGGAACACCAAACUUAACUACUGACGGGUUUGUUUUUAUUAUUGGUUCUUUAUAACGGUGAAAGAAGUUCACGGUUGGGGCUGCCUUGGAUUUAAUGAUGCCGUGUUGUCUUAGAUUUGGAAUAACAUUGCUGUUAGCAGUGUUAGUCACUGAAGUUUGGACGCAGAACCCGCCUCUAGGCUCGGUGAGGACAGAAUGUCAAGGGAGUGUUAUGAUGAUGAUGUUGGAUAAGUCUUUUGUUGGAAAGUAUUUUCGUAUCAAUGUGAUUGACAAUAAGGGGGCGCUUGUGUCCCUCUCUCCAAGACUGGCCGCACAGUGUGGAUAUAGCUUAACCGUUGACUUCUUGGGAAAUGCCAAGUUCCUUGCUUCUGUGGUGAGCUGCUUUGCUCAGAACACAAAUGAUGAGACCUACAAGCUGACAGUACAAAUCAGUGUCUUCUCAAACAGUGCAAUGACUUCAGCUUCCUCCUAUGUUCAGAGCAUGACAUGCCGCUAUUCUCCAUGGGCAGAGAGGGAGAUUCUGUGUGAAAGAAACUACAUGGAGGUUUCUGUGAGAAGAGGGGUGCCACUUAUUGAGCCAAACUUUGUUCAAGAUGAUCCUGAUUGGUCCCUUGCAUACCCUGAGGCAACUGCUGCUGACAACAGCAUCUGGAAAAUUGUGUUCCAUCUCCCAGCAAAUAGAAAGACAACCAUGACUGUUGCUCAGGCCAUGACAAAUGGCUAUGGCAUAAACACUACACCAACUCGAAUUCUGGUUAGAGCUGCAUACAACUCCACAGAAAGCCAGCCUCAGGUGAUCCAAACUGUACCAAUGGCUGUGCUAAGAUCAACCACCUUUUAUAAGCAAAGAUGGAUGGUCAUGAUGGUGGACACUGCAGUUACAUGUCCUACUGAUGGAACAGCCUUCACAGAACAGAUGAUUACAUGGAAUGUUCCCCGUGUUCUACCUCCCCUUGUUCCGACGCCACAAAUUACUACCCUUGAUGUUCAAAUGGGAGUUGAUGGCCGCAAGCUUGACCCUGCAACGAUUCAUAAUAGAGAUUAUAAACUGGAUGUCGGUCCCCAGCUAAUCACUGUAAAAAUUCCUGUGGGAGCUGAUGGUGGAUAUUACAAGAGCCAUGUAGUGGACAACACCUACAUUUGA